AUGGGCAGUCAAAAGCGGAUAGCAAAGGAACUCGCCGAACUCACAGAAUCCCCUCCGGAGGGUAUUUCGGUUGAGCUCGCGAACGAAUCUGACCUUUACCAAUGGAAGGUCUUCAUGGACGGGCCUGAGGAGUCUCCUUUCUACAAUGGCCGCUUCGAACUCAAACUAUCCCUGCCGACAGAAUACCCCUUUAAGCCACCAACUGUCUCCUUCGUGACGAAGAUCUAUCACCCAAAUGUAACAAACGACGACAAGGGAAGCAUGUGUCUGGGUAUGCUCAAGGCCGAUGAAUGGAAGCCCUCUUCAAAACUACUUGCUGUUUUGCAGUUCGCCAGAUCGUUGCUCGAGGAGCCGAUGCCAGAUGACGCCGUUGAAGGGCGGAUCGCAGAGCAGUACCGCGAGGAUAGGGCAAGGUAUGAGGAGAUCGCGAGGGAGUGGACGAGAAAGUAUGCCACAGCGUCAUAA